GGCAGUACCGGGACGAGCAGCGGUCCCGGCCGGUCCAUUUCCCGCCGCGCGGUGGGAAGCGAGGUGCGGGACAUCCAGAGGAACUCGACAGGUCCACAAGUCCCCCCCGUCCCGGCGCACUCCCGGUUCCCGCCGCGCAGUCGGUGCGCGUCACGGGCACGGGCGGUGGGGGCCUCCCGCCAGCAGGGGGCGCGGCGGUGGCGGCGAGCGCCGCUCUGCUGCGCGCCCGUGCCCGGCGCGGAGUCGCCGGGAGACCGAGCGCUGCCAUGGAGGCGCGCGCCGCGGGCCGCGGCCUGCCCAGCGUUGCUGGCGCGGAGGUGCGGGCCGGGCGGCGGGAGCCGUGCGUGCUCGGCCUGGAGCGGCGGGCCGGCCGCUACGGGGUCGUUAUUCGCUCCCAGGAGAAAGAAAACUCUGAUCCGGAUUAUAUUCCCAUCAAUAGCCAUUUUAAAUGUGUGCAAGAGGCAGAAGAAACUCUGCUGAUUGAUAUAGCUACAAACACAGGCUGCAAGGUCAGGAUCCAGGGUGAGGAGGCGCCGGAGCGGCUCUUCGAGAUCCCUGACGAGGAGCGCUGCUUGGGAUUCCUGUCAGAAGUGCAGAGCAUACAGGAAGCCCACCUGAAAGCAUCUGUUCCUGAACCUAAGGACUCAGCCAUUUGGCAUGAGGUGGAGAAGAGCCUCACAGGUCUAUCUCCAGGAGCUCUGGGGUUUGAGGAUGACUUCAACACCCUGAGCCUAGAAGAGAAAAGAAACAUGCAGAACCACCAGGCGGGAUCUCGACGGGAACCCCCACCUCCUCCUGUGCCUCAGAAUAAGCAGUUUCACCGAGAGAGAGAAGGCACAUCCAGAGACCAGCCCAAGGUGACCAACACAAUGCGCAAGAUAUUUUUGCCCAGCACACAGUCGGGGCAGAGAGAGGGGCUCAUCAAACAUGUGAUGGCCAAGAGGGAGAAGGCCUACAUCAACCUGCACAACUUCAGGUUCUUUGUGGGAACAUGGAACGUGAAUGGACAGUCUCCUGACAGUUUCUUGACCCCAUGGCUGGUGUAUGACGUGGAGCCUCCAGACUUCUACUGCAUUGGGUUCCAGGAGCUGGACCUCAGCACGGAGGCUUUUUUCUACCUUGAUUCUACGAAGGAACAGGAGUGGCUGUCUGCUGUGGAGAGAUGCCUGCACCCUAAGGCCAAAUACAAGAAAGUGCAAAUGGUCCGCCUGGUGGGGAUGAUGUUGCUCAUAUUUGCUAAGAAGGAUCAUCUGAGCAAUAUCAGAGAGAUUGUGACAGAGUCUGUGGGCACAGGAGUCAUGGGAAAGAUGGGCAACAAGGGUGGUGUGGCCAUCAGGUUCAUGUUCCACAACACCACAUUCUGUGUCGUCAACUCCCACCUGGCCGCCCACGUGGAGGACUUUGAGCGUCGAAACCAGGACUACAAGGACAUUUGUGCCCGGAUGAGCUUCCUGAUCACCAGCUCAGACUGCCUGUCUGAGUUCAACAUCAUGAAGCACGACGUUGUUAUCUGGCUGGGAGACCUGAACUACAGGCUGUGUCUGCUGGAUGCCAGUGAAGUGAAGACUCUCAUCAGCAAGAACGAACUGCAGAAACUGCUGACUUAUGACCAGCUGAAUAUUCAGCGCACUCAGAAGAAAGCAUUUGCAGAUUUCAUGGAGGGAGAUAUUACAUUCAUCCCCACAUAUAAAUAUGACUCUAAAACAGAUCGCUGGGACUCCAGUGGGAAGUGUCGUGUGCCAGCGUGGUGUGAUCGGAUCCUCUGGAGAGGAGGGAACGUCAGUCAGCUCCGGUACUGCAGUCACAUGGACCUCAAGACCAGCGACCACAAGCCUGUCAGCGCCCUGUUCCGCAUCGGGGUGAAGGUUGUGGAUGAGCAGAAGUAUCGGAAGCUGUUUGAAGACAUUGUUCGUAUAAUGGACAGGAUGGAGAAUGACUUUCUUCCUUCGCUGGAGCUGAGCAGGAGAGAGUUCGAGUUUGAGAACGUGAAGUUCCGUCAGCUGCAGAAACAGAAGUUCCAGAUUACCAAUAACGGGCAGGUCACCUGUCGCUUCUCCUUCAUCCCAAAGCUCAAUGACUCCCACUACUGCAAGCCAUGGCUUCGGGCCGAGCCUUGUGAAGGUUACCUGGAGCCAGAUGAGAGCACGGAGAUCUCCCUGGACGUGUAUGUCAGCAAGGACUCAGUCACCCUCCUGAACUCUGGCGAGGAUAAAAUUGAGGAUAUUCUUGUCCUGCACCUGGACCGAGGGAAGGACUAUUUCCUGACCAUCAGUGGCACCUACCUGCCCAGCUGCUUUGGCACUUCGCUCGAGGCCUUGUGCCGGAUGAAGCGACCCAUCCGAGAAGUUCCAGUCACCAAGCUCAUAGACCUGGAAGAAGACAGCUUCUUAGAAAAGGAGAAAUCCAUCCUGCAGAUGGGCUCCCUGGACAAUGAGGAAGCAAGUGAGGUGCCGCUGCAGGUGCCAAAGGAGAUCUGGCUCUUGGUGGAUCACCUAUUCAAGCAUGCCCUCCACCAGGAGGACCUGUUCCAGACUCCAGGCAUGCAGGAAGAGCUGGAGCAGAUCAUUGACUGCCUGGACACCAGCAUUCCUGAGACAAUCCCGGGCAGUAAUCAUUCUGUGGCUGAAGCUCUCCUCAUCUUCCUGGAGGCUCUGCCAGAGCCUGUGAUCUGCUAUGAGCUGUACCAGCGGUGCCUGGAGGGCUCCCACAGCAGCCGGCUGUGCCGACAGGUGAUCCUUCAGCUGCCGUGCUGCCACCGUAACGUGUUUCGGUACCUAAUGUCCUUCCUGCGGGAGCUGCUCAAGUACUCGGAGGACAACAACGUCAGUGCCACCAUGAUCGCCGCCCUGUUCUCCAGCCUCCUCCUGCGCCCUCCGCCCAACCUGAUGGCCAGGCAGAGCCAGCAGGACCGCCAGCGUGCCAUCAACUUCCUCUACAGCUUCCUGCUCACCGGGGACGAAGAAUGACUCCUGCCGUGUGCCAAAGCCAGGCCCGCGCUGCAGCCGGGCCUCUGACAGCUCCGAGGGGUAAAGGCUUGAAGCUCUCCAAGUGCCGUGUUUACAGUGGGAAGGGACGGUUCCCCCUCCUUGCCACGCCAUACCCCACGCUGCAGAGGACCUGCACGCUCAUUGCACUGCCAUCCACCUCUGGAGCCUCCGGCUUCCCCGUGGGAGCCAGGUGGAUCUGUCGAUACCCGAGCACUGUGCCAGCACCCAUCGUCCCGUGGCAGUAUCACCAGUUCCCAGGUCACGCUUCUCUCUGUGUCACCUCCAUCUCCCAAGAGCUGCUGUAGAGAAGGGUGGGGAUGGCUGGUGCUCUUGGAGGCCGUGGCACACUGCGUCCCUCCGGUGCCAGGUACGUGUGCUGGUGUGUACAUCACCCCAGACUGCUGUGGGACAUGUGUCACCCUCUGCCACACAGCCAUUCCAGCCCUGAUGCCAUCACUGUGCUAUGGACCGUGCUGACCCAGGAAGGUUGUUUGGACAUUCGGCCUCUCCCCUUCGGCAUGGCCUUUCCCCUCUCCCCUCCCUCCCAGGACACAGGGCCUGGGCACACAAGUCUGUCCCUGCACCCCUUACUCUGCCCUCACUUUCCUCUCGCUUCCCUGUCCCAGCUUCCCCCACGGACACAGGAUGGUAGGUGGCUCUCAGUGGCCAGGGUCAGGCAGAGCCAUGAGCUGUCCUCUGCUCCUCCUGGGCCGUCCUGUGUGUUUCGAGCAGGAUGGGACCACCGUCCCUCUCGCCCAGCCUACAGUGUGGGGGUGGGACAGGCUGGGUCACCAGGUGCCACUAGAUGGAGUCCAUUGUCUCCCUCCUGCAGAGGGUGCAGGUUUUGGGGGAGCGAAAGGAGCCACAAAUGCUCCUUGGGGGCCAGAGGAGCAGCUGGGAGGGCUGUGCAGGGGGGCUGCAAGUGCAAGGGUCACACACAGCUGGCUGAGGGGACAGCCCUGGGGCUGGUGACUGAGGGUGCAAGAGUGGCCUGUCCCACUGAAACACUAAGGCUCGUGGGGCCACAUGGCCUCAGGUGAGGGAGGCCAAAGCCAAGGGGGGGAGGUUGUGGUUACAGAGCCCUCGCUGGUGCCUGGGCUCAGCCCAGGGUGUCGUGUGGCCCUGUGGUCUCCAUGCACUGGCUGAGCUGCUGCAGGCUCCCCCUCCCUUCUGCCUUUUUCUUAUCCUUAAAAUUUUUAAAUUACAUAAUUUAUUGGGAAACUGUUCGUGACAAAUAAACUUCCGUUGUGC